GUCCACCUCCUACUUCCAUCUGCAGUAUCAAGAAAAUACAAAUUAAUACAACACCUACGAUGGCUUCACAGGCUGAAACCACAUUCGUCCCCGCCUUGAUCGUGGUAGACAUGCAAGAGGACUUUUGUCCACCAAACGGCUCUCUCGCCGUCCAAGGAGGCCGCACAAUCGCGCCCCUAAUCAACACCCUCCUCUCCCUCCCCGCCUUCAAAAUCCGCAUCGGGACCCAAGACUGGCAUCCCCAAGACCACAUUUCUUUCGCUUCUAACCAUCCACCCCCAAACAACGACCCAUUCGAAUCAUACAUUGAAAUGACCAACCCCGCACCCGGGAAACAGAACGAAACGAAACCACAACGUCUCUGGCCUGUUCAUUGCGUUGCAUCUACACCAGGAGCAGAAAUUAUCCCUGAAAUCGUAGCAGAUAAAUUAGAUAUCCUCGCGAAGAAGGGGAUGGAUACAAGGGUUGAAAUGUACUCCGUCUUCAGCGACGCGUUUCAGAACAUGGACCCCUCGCUAUUCAAAAGUUCGGUCGACGUAGAUGUCACCGCGACCCUGAAGCAGCGAAACGUCACGGAUGUGUUUGUCGUGGGUCUUGCGGGCGAUUAUUGUGUCAAGUAUACGGCUAUUGAUGCUGCGAGGGCUGGGUUUAGGAGUUUUGUUGUUGAGGAUGCGGUCAAGUCGGUAGAUCCGGGGGAGGGGUGGAAGCAGGCCCUUAAAGAGUUUGAGGAGGUCGGGGUUAAGGUUGUGAAGAGUGAUGGGCCAGAGGUUGGGAGAGUGAGGUCUUGAUUUUAUUUCUGAUUGUUAUUGCUAGCGUUGAGCGUGAUUUUAUGGCUGAGCCAAGUUUCUAUGACCCUCCAGGGAAUGCGCUACGUGAUUGUUCGUGGACUCUCAUAUAGCUCGGAUAUUAUUAAUGAGUGUAUGAUGUUGUUAUCAACUUUUGGU